AUGCGCAGAGCUGGAGACGGAUUCCUCCCGCUGGAUGCAGUGGAGCCUGCCGUAACGUCCUACGUGAACAUCUGGACUCCUUUGUUCAAGUCUGCACAGGAGAGUGGACUGGCUCCCGAGUUCUUGAUCCACUGGGGCCAUGCAGGAGCUAUGGCCAUGGUUUUGCUGGCAAUGGGUGGCUACGGGACGUUUCUGGGCUGGGCCACUCGCUUGGGCAAUGGAGCCACCGUGUACCCAUUGAGCAUCGGGAAGUCUGCGGCAGAGCUCCAUCCCAUCCUCAUGGGGGCCGCGCUCUUCUUCUUUUUCCUUGGUGGACAAGGUGGCCUUGUGCUUCUAGCAACUCAAGGCCAGCCCCUUCUACAGUCAGCCCAUUCUUCCACAGCGGUCAUUGGGCUCCUCCUCAUGGCGGUGCAAGCAGCUCUUGGUCUCACCAUGGGGGACUCCGAAACCAAGCGAACGGUGCACGCAGUGCUGGGCAGCUCGGUCAUGGUGGUCCUGUUGCUUGGUGUUCUUCUGGUUGGAAGGACUUUAACUUUUUGGGUUUCUAUAUGA